UUUCAUCGAGAUAUCCAAAUGCGAUCUUCGAAUUCUUGAGACUAGGCUUCACUGGUCAAGCGUGUGUCUUUAUUCAUAUCAUGAUCAUAACAAUUGUGGUCAGUACACGCGUAUAUGCGAAGUGACGGCAACAAUAUAACUUUAUCUUCCACGCUAACCAAACGAAUGAAAAUGGAGCGACUGUGGACGAAAUUUAAACAGUUUUUACCAACUAUGCCGCUUUCUACAGCCCAAAGUUCAUCUGAGCAAAACGUGGAAAGUGUAGACGACAAAGUCAAAUACCAACUCAUUUCGCAUGCCGACGAGGAAGCCACAGACUUGAACGACGAACUUUUCACAUCUCGCCUAAUCGAUGAGAUUCUUGAUGAUAUAGGAUUGAGACUUGAUCAUUGGAAAGUGUUUGUAUUGCUUUGUCUCGUAGAUAUUACAUGUGGCCUGGGGACGACCAUAUUAUCCGCCAUACUUCCUAGUUUGAAAUCAGACUGGAAUAUCUCUGCAAUUACAGCUGGGGCUUUAACACUGUCAAUACCUGUAGGAAUGACUCUAGGAACAAUGGUUUGGGGUUUGAUGUCGGACAUAUACGGUAGAAAGCGUUCAAUAGUUACCAGUGCGACGUUCAUACUUGUUUCCGCAUUGGUGAGCGCGUUUUCAACAAACUAUUACUGGCUUUGGAUAAGCCUUUUCUUUGUCGGCUUCGGAGCGACUAUUUCAUUUCAAACAUAUGUUAUCAUCGCUGAAAUAUUUCCUCCAAGAUACCGUUCUAUGUAUUCAGUAUUAACAGUCGUGUUCUACAAUUUAGGAUAUCUACUUUCGGCUGUUGUUUCAAUGGAGCUUUCGGUGAUCGGUUAUCAUUGGGCUCUGGCUACCGUGUGUUUUCCGAGCGCAAUUGUCCUUAUCGGUAGUAUUGUAUUUCUCCCAGAAUCACCACAUUUUUAUCUUGCAGCAGGAGACGAGCAGAAAGCUUUGAACAUUCUUCAUGAUUUGGCGCCUGAAAUGGAUUUCAGCAACACAAUACUUCGGAAACACGGUCCUGAGAUACAGAGGGCAGAUUUUACACAGCUAUUUCGAUCAGGUUAUUGGAAAAUCACAAUAUGUGCUUGUAUCGCGACGUGUAUCACCUACCUUUCACAUGGUUAUUUCAUCUACACCGCGUCUGACGUGGCGGGCAGUUCAUCCUCUGGUUUAAAAAACGAGGAAUUAUUAAUCCGUCAUAGGUAUACCAUUAUGGUCUGGAUGACCUUGCCAGGUAUUGGGCUCAUUAUCGCAGCCGCUUUGUGUUGUAAAGUUUUUGAUGCGAGAAUAGUACUUUUAAUAAUUACGUUGUUGACACUUGUGUCACAGAUCAUCGCUUUGUUCGUCGCAAACCUGAGUAUUCCAUUACUCAUAGUCACAAUGAUUUCUCGAGACCUCAUGUUAUCAGACAUUGCACUCCUAACCACGUGUGUAUCCCGUGUUUAUCCAACAGAGAUUCGCAGCCUUGGAACGAGCGCUUGUGUCUUUGCCGGCCGCAUUGGAUUGAUCUUUGGACCGUUCAUCUUCGAGACAUGGUUUUCCAAAGACCAUUUCUAUGGAACUGUAUUCACUACUGUGAUAUUAUCGGUAUUAUUUUAUGGCAGUUGUGUUGAUGCCUUCGAAAAGCUUGUGACAUUUAAAGACAGUUUUCACGAGUGA